AUGGCGUGCUAUGGACACCCAGACGGAGCUACCCGGGACCUGGGGGAAAGCCCACAGCCCACAGCCCACAGCCUUCGCUCGGCAGAUCACCCCAGCGUUCCUAGGAAAGUCAGCCUGGGUUUUGAUCACCUGGUAGCUGAGAUGCACAGCACCUUCCCCCUCUCUCAGGGACAGUCUCAGGAACUCACCUUUUGGGGGUCCCAAGCCACAGAGUGCCACUCACUGUGUGACACCCACCUGAACGCAAUGUCUUCUCAGCCCCCCGAACUCCCCUGGAAAUGGGGUGGGGUGGUCUCCCCGGUUGGAUUGAGUCCUUCUGUGCUACCAAGGCCUGACACUGUGAAUGAAGGAAGAAAUGCUUGGGGAAAUUCUCUCACGGGGAGCCAUCCUGGGGCUGACUGGUCCAGAUUCCACGUUCCAGAUUCACCCUCCACUCCUUCAGAGAGAAGGAGUCCAAGAGAAUGGUUGGAAGAAAGGCAGGGCUACCAUAUUGGAUUUGAACGCGGCCUUUCUGUGGAAGACCCAGCCUUCCCCACCGACUUCCCACCCAGCCGAGGCACAGAAAGAAGUGGACACAGGAAUGUGCUAGAACCUUCUGGAAUGUUCUCUAAAGGUUCUUUUCUACCCAGGGGAAGUUCGCAGAUGGAAGACACAAAGCCGAGCGAUUGCUCCUUGGAAAUCCUCGUGGUCCAGCGAGUCGGCCCAGCGAGCUGGACUUCCUUCCGAGACCACGUGGAAAAAAUAAGGGAGAUGUAUCGGGCAGAGGACAUUCACUCAAAUUCGGGAACCAUCUGGAACCCUACGACCCCUUUUCCACGCCAGCUCUCCUCCAACGUCCGGUUCAGCGUGCACAUCUCCACAAAUGACCCACCUCGGGUGAUGCAUCUCACCCCGCCAGCGAAUUAUCUCGUCGAGGACCUCAUCGCCGAAGUUCUACACUUCUUUCCAAACGACCAGCUCUUUCCCAAAGAUCAUCUUCUGCAAAUAAGCGGUUCGGAGGACUUUUUACAGAGCGAUCACCGCCUCGGGAGCCACCAAGUGUUUCAGAAAGAGAAAUCGGUGAUUCAACUUCACCUGCAGAGACGCGGGGCCGCGCUGGGGAAGUUCGCUCGACAGCCCGAGGAUGACCGCCACCGUUUCCACACCAGCCAGCUUCUAGAACAUUCGCCCAGCGGGACCAUGUCCAGACAGCGUCUCUGCACGGCUCUCAGAAGAUUCCACGUCCAGGUGGAUCGCCUGCUGCACACCCAGCACUGUGUGAAGGGCCUGACCGAAGAAGUGAGGGACAUCUGUGGGGUUCUGGGGUGCAUCGAGACCAGACAGAUCACAGAGGCCAUCAACAACCUGGGGCUCGUCGGCGUUGCUGUCCAGAGAACAGCAGAGAAUGUUCAGCCAGAUUCGGAGACGUCAGGAAAAGGCCUGAUCAAGAAAAGAACAGUGGAACUUUCCGGGGCCAUCCACCAGCUAUUGGAUGUCUACUGCAAUAGCUUUUAUACAGAUUUUCAGCUCCUGUCUGCACCUAGAAGUUCUCCUCCCAUCGACCCCGGACUCCAUUCCCACCUUAGCUUCACUGUGUGCGCCGUUUACAACUUCCCGCAGCCGUGGGUACACAGGAUCACUUUUCCUCUUGAAAUAAAAUCGCUUCCCAGGGAAUCGAUGCUCACUGUGAAACUGUUUGGGACUGUCCACGAACAUGACAGUAGACAUUUACUGGCCUGGACCAGUCUCCCAUUGUUUCCAAAAGGCUCAGCGACAACGUGGACGUUCAGUUCUGAUCACUGCUCUUUGUUCCUGGGAUGGGAUUCUCAGUGGAAUGAGCCUGAACUGAAGAUUGAUUUUCCAGAAACGGGAUGGCGGUGUAUGAAGCCUGAUUUGGAAGAGAGCAGCGUGGAGUUGGAAGACCCACCCCAGGAGUGUUUAAAACACAUCGCCAGACUUUCACAGAAGCAAUCGCCCCUACUGCUCUCUGAGGAAAAGAGGAGAUAUUUGUGGUUUUACCGCUUCCAUUGCAAUCCUGAAAACUGUUCCCUUCCUUUGGUGCUGGGCAGCACCCCGGGCUGGGACGAGAGAACCGUGGUGGAAAUGCAAAUCAUCGCGAGAAGAUGGACAUUUCUUCAUCCUUCAGAGGCUCUGGGCCUGCUGACCGCCAGUUUCCCAGAUCAAGAAAUCCGCAAAGUGGCGGUUGAUCAGCUAGACCGACUCCCGAACGAUGAACUACAGGAGUACCUUCCACAGCUGGUUCAGGCUGUGAAGUUUGAGUGGAGCCUCGAAAGCCCUCUGGUGGACCUCUUACUGCAUCGCUCUUUGCAGAGCGUUCGGCUGGCUCAUCGGCUGUACUGGCUGCUGAAGGAUGCCCUCCAUGAACCUUAUUUUCAAAGCUGGUACCAGAAGCUGUUGGCUGCUUUCCAAUUCUGUGUCGGAAAAGCCUUGAAUGAGGAGUUUUCCAAGGAGAGGAAACUUGUCCACCUUCUGGGAGACAUUGCGGAAAAAGUCAAAACUGCCAGCGACUCUCAAAGACAGGAAGUCCUGGAGGAAGAGAUAGGCAGGUUAGAAGAAUUCUUUCAAGAUGUAAAGACUUGCCAUCUUCCUCUAAAUCCUGCCUGGUGUGUCAAAGGAAUUGAUCGCAAUAAAUGCUCGUAUUUCACAUCCCAUGCUUUGCCCCUGAAGAUCUCUGCCAUCAACACAAACCCGACGGGCAGAAGCCUCGGCAUUAUUUUCAAGACAGGAGAUGACUUGCGUCAGGACAUGCUGGUCCUGCAGCUGGCGGAAGCCAUGGACAGGAUGUGGCUGCAGGAAGGCCUGGACCUGCGGAUGAUCACCUACGGCUGCCUCUCCACAGGCAAGGACCAAGUGGACUGCCAUUCUCUGGAUGAUGAGCUCGCUUGUACAGCUAACCAGUAUCCACCAACAAUGCACGAGCACAUGAUUCGGAGAGAAUCAGAAGUCAAAGCCUUGAAGAACUUCCUCCUGUCCUGCGCCGGCUGGUGCGUGGUGACCUUCCUCCUGGGCGUGUGUGACCGGCACAAUGACAACAUCAUGCUCACCUCCGCCGGCCACCUGUUCCACAUCGAUUUCGGGAAGAUCCUGGGUCACGCUCAGACCUUCGGGGGGGUCAAAAGGGACCGGGCUCCUUUCAUCUUUACUUCGGAGAUGGAGUACUUCAUCACAGAGGGCGGGAAAACCCCACAGCACUUCCAAGAGUUUGUGGAGCUCUGUUGCAGGGCGUACAAUAUUGUCCGAAGGCACAGCCGACUGCUCCUGAACCUUCUAGAAAUGAUGUUACAUGCGGGAUUACCUGAGCUCAGAGGACCUGAAGACCUGAAAUACGUCUAUGAUAAUCUCCGCCCUCAAGACUCCGACCUGGAAGCCACCAGUCACUUUACCAGGAAGAUAAAGGAGAGCCUGGACUGCUUCCCGGUGAAGCUGAAUAACUUGAUCCACAUUCUUGCACAAAUGGCAGCCGUCCACCCCAGCAAAUCAGCCCCACACAGCUCGCCCCGGGAAUCCUGGGUGCCAAAGACCACCCGGAUGAUUCGGCAAGCAACAAUUUUGGGGUUCAGCAAGACUCACCCCCACCAUCUUUAUCUGAUCCAAGUGGUUGAUGCUGACAAGGAAAUCCACCUGACAGAAAAAUCAUUUGAUCAGUUAUCGAAACUUCACAGCCAACUGGAGAAGCAGUUUCCAUCAAUAACCCUCCCGGAGUUCCCACACUGGUGGCACUUACCCUUCAUGAGCUCGCCUCGCAAGAGAUUCCGAGACCUGAACCGGUACCUGGAAGGAAUAACAGGCGGAUCGCGGGUCGUGGCCCACAGUGAUUGUGUGCUCAGCUUCUUUCUCUCUGAGCCUGUACAACAAACAAUUGAAGAAUCUUCACUUGUGGACCUAAGUCAGGAGCCAUCAGACAAGACCCCCAGGGUGCAGCUGCUCAUGUCGCAUGAGGACUCGAAGCUGACCAUCCUGGUGAAGCACAUGAAGAACGUCCAUCUCCCCGACGACUCUGCGCCCAGUGCUCACGUCGAAUUCUACCUUCUGCCCCAUCCCAGAGAUGAUCGGAGGAGGAAAACGAGGAGCGUCCCACGAUGCGCCAACCCCACUUACAACGAGAUCAUUGUGUAUGACGAGGUCACAGAGCUGGAAGGCCGUGUGUUAAUGGUUAUUGUAAAGAGCAAAGCUGUGUUUGUGGGAGCGAUUAACAUCUACCUCUGCAGUGUUCCGCUCCAAGAAGAAAAAUGGUACCCACUGGGAAAUAGCAUCAUUUGACCAUGGCUGUGAAGCUACACAUUAUUCACUAAUUACUUGGGGUUUGGGUUCUUUUUUCCACUUCUGAGUAUAUAUCACAAAAAGCAAGUUAUUGGUGUCGUCCAAAGACAAAUAGGGUA